UUGCUAGGCGUUGCCCCGCGGGAGCCCUUCCCUGUAUCCACCAGAAGAUGGGACAGGAACGCCUGGCGGGUCUGGGGAGACGUCCAGGGUGCUCUGUACACCAAGGACCGCUGCUCGCGCCCGCACGGGUGUCUGAGCGCGAAGCAGAGGAAAGCAGGAAAGCCCCCGCAGAAUUCGCUGAUGGUCGUGGGGUGGCUCCCAGGGCAGGGGGGAUGCCCCAAGGGUUCUGGUGCAGUUCAUGUUUGAUGGCUUGAUCUGGGUGCUGCUUUCCUGGCUGUGUGGAGGUUGGGGCACCCACUCACCUGCACUUUUUAUAACUUGUGUACUUUUUACGUAUGAGGUACUUCAAUAAAGAGCACAAACCAGAGGGGGUAAAAGAGCUUUGUGAGUUGUGUGAUGAGUGGUACAAGCGGGUACCAACGUGUGGUCACACGUGUGGGCCCUGCCAUCAGAGGCCCCCUGGCUUCAACGGGAAUGUCACAGAUACGCUCGAAACACCGAGACCUCCCUCCCGGUCCCCUCCUGGCCCCACCACCACCACAGGACGAGCCACUCCCCUUUCUCGCUCCGGAUUUUCUCUGCCUGUCAACCAACAGUUCGAUUCCCCCGCCCACCCUCGCCCUUUAGAGGAGAGAUUGCAGUCUUCGGUGAGAAAGCGCCGGGAGCACUCUGGGGCGAGGUGCCCGCAGGCUGUGCCGUGGCUCGGGCAGCGCACCACGUGGUCGCAGACCGAGGUCUGCCCUUGAAGUGGUUUCUUCCACAGAGGAAAUGGGGGCUUGCCCCUCCGCCAGUGGAGGAUGAGGCAGAGCCAAAGGCUGUUGUGACCAGGAUGCCCUGCAGCUCGUCUCAGUGAAGGGGGUGGGGUUCUUGGGGGCGGGGGCUGCCCUUCGCAUGUAACAUGGGGGUGUUGCAGGCCGGGGGUGGUCCACGGCCAAUGGCUGUUCCCAAGGCAGGGUGGUAUCAGGUGGGUGUCAGGGAUCAGAGAUGGCUCCAGGAAGGAGGUGGUGUUUGCAGCGGGCCUGGAGGAGGGUUAGAUAGAAGUCUUGGGGUAGAUUUAGAGGAGAACCCCCCCACACACACACCCGUCCCUGCGCCACACGCAAACAGAUGCCGGGAGCAGAGCCAGGCUGGGAGUGAUGGUGGAGCACAGGUGACGGGAGAUCCCCAGCCGAGCCCUGAAGGAAUCCUUGAAGGUCCAGGGCCCUUGGAGUGAGGACGGCCCUGAAUGCCAUUUGUGUUGCCUGGCAGCAGGCCGGGGUACCGUGGGUGCUCUCUGAUGGUGCGUCCAGGGUGCACGCCCAUCAUGUGGCCGCCCUCAGGAGGAGGGGCUCCGGGGACUUGGAAGAACUGGAAAAAGGCUUCAUUCUUUCUGGGACCUCAGCCCACCCCGGGCCCGGGGGAGCAGGAGGCCUGGCCGGCCACGAGGCAGCAAGAGGCAUAGAAAAACGUAUGUCCGGACCCGAGCCACCGCACCUCCACGGGAGAGGUGGGGAGGUGGGCCGAGGGUCCAGAGAGACUAGAGGGUUGGUACCAGGGAGCUUGGGGUCCUGGCCGAGCAGUGACCGCUCUGGUGGGAGGCUGGGGUCUUUCCGGCUGCAUUGUGCCUGAGCUGACAUUUGUCCGGACGGGGAGAGGGUGACUGCGAGGGCGGCCCCGGGGGGACCGAUGAAGCCUGCUGGAAGCACCAUUGCUGAGCAGGACGCCGCAGAGUGAGGCCCCGUUCCUGUUCCCUGGCGGGACGAUGUCCGUGCAGGGCCCCCAGAGGAGGCUGCUGGGCUCCCUCAACUCCACCUCCCCAGCCGCCCCGCGCCUCGGGCUGGCCGCCAACCAGACAGGGCCCCGGUGCCUGGAGGUGUCCGUUCCCGACGGACUCUUUCUCAGCCUGGGGCUGGUGAGCGUGGUGGAGAACGUGCUGGUGGUGGCCGCCAUCGCCAAGAACCGCAACCUGCACUCGCCCAUGUAUUACUUCAUCUGUUGCCUGGCCGUGUCCGACCUGCUGGUGAGUGUGAGCAGCGUGCUGGAGACGGCCGUCAUGCUGCUGCUGGAGGCAGGCACCCUGGCCGGCCGGGCCGCCGUGGUGCAGCAGCUGGACGACAUCAUUGACGUGCUGGUCUGUGGCGCCAUGGUGUCGAGCCUCUGCUUCCUGGGCGCCAUCGCCGUGGACCGCUACAUUUCCAUCUUCUACGCGCUGCGGUACCACAGCAUCGUCACGCUGCCCCGGGCGUGGCGGGCUAUCUCAGCUAUCUGGGUGGCUAGCGUCCUCUCCAGCACGCUCUUCAUCGCCUACUACGAUCACACGGCCGUCCUGCUCUGCCUCGUCGGCUUCUUUGUAGCCAUGCUGGUGCUCAUGGCCGUGCUGUACGUCCACAUGCUCGCCCGGGCGUACCAGCACGCCCGGGGCAUCGCCCGGCUCCACAAGCGGCAGCGCCCCGUCCACCAGGGCUUGGGCCUCAAGGGCGCGGCCACGCUCACCAUCCUGCUGGGCGUUUUCUUUCUCUGCUGGGGCCCCUUCUUCCUGCACCUCUCGCUCAUGGUCCUCUGCCCUCGACACCCCAUCUGCGGCUGCGUCUUCAAGAACUUCAACCUCUUCCUCACCCUCGUCAUCUGCAACUCCAUCGUCGACCCCCUCAUCUACGCCUUCCGCAGCCAGGAGCUCCGGAAGACGCUCCAAGAGGUGCUGCUGUGCGCAUGGCACCAGGCGAGGACACCCACCUUCGCUGCCGAGUCUAUGGAUCUGUGCCCCUCGGCCUGUCGGGACGUGAAGUCUCUGUGUGGGCCGAGUGACAAGCGCUGCUCCCCGGGAGGGCCUCUGGAAAAGGGACUUUGUGACCAGCAGGACCUGGCUUCACAGGCCUGCUUCAGGAAGAAGUUCGGCGGAGGCCAAAGUGACGGUACCAGCCAGUUUGAAGGCAGGUCUAGUAACGCUGAGGGCUCCUGCAGCCCCCGGCCAGCCGCCCCGCAGCGCUGCCCCAGCCAGUCCCCACCCGUGCUGGCAGCUUCAGCCCAGACUGCUGGCCUCAAGGCCAGGAGCUGGUUCCCGGCAGGGCCAGCCUUUGCUGGGAGACAGGAUGAAGAGCUGGCGGCGGGGACGCCCGAGCCUCCGCAGCCAGCCCCGGCCUGUACGCGCGUGUCCCGCAGCCGCCCGCCGCCCGCACCGAGCAUGAGGGAGAUCGUGCACAUCCAGGCCGGCCAGUGCGGCAACCAGAUCGGGGCCAAGUUCUGGGAGGUGAUCAGCGACGAGCACGGUAUAGACCCCAGUGGCAACUAUGUGGGGGACUCGGACCUUCAGCUGGAGCGCAUCAGCGUCUACUACAACGAGGCCUCUUCUCAUAAGUAUGUGCCUCGGGCCAUUCUCGUGGACCUUGAGCCUGGGACCAUGGACAGUGUCCGGUCUGGGGCCUUUGGGCACCUCUUCAGGCCUGACAACUUCAUCUUCGGUCAGAGCGGGGCUGGCAACAACUGGGCCAAGGGUCACUACACGGAGGGCGCCGAGCUGGUGGACUCGGUCCUGGACGUGGUGCGGAAGGAAUGUGAGAAUUGCGACUGCCUGCAGGGCUUCCAGCUGACCCACUCGCUGGGCGGGGGCACAGGCUCGGGCAUGGGCACCCUCCUCAUCAGCAAGGUGCGCGAGGAGUACCCGGACCGCAUCAUGAACACCUUCAGCGUGGUGCCCUCGCCCAAGGUGUCGGACACGGUGGUGGAGCCCUACAACGCCACGCUGUCCAUCCACCAGCUGGUGGAGAACACGGACGAGACGUACUGCAUCGACAACGAGGCCCUGUACGACAUCUGCUUCCGCACCCUCAAGCUGGCCACGCCCACCUACGGCGACCUCAACCACCUGGUGUCGGCCACCAUGAGCGGCGUCACCACGUCCCUGCGCUUCCCGGGCCAGCUCAACGCCGACCUGCGCAAGCUGGCCGUGAACAUGGUGCCCUUCCCGCGCCUGCACUUCUUCAUGCCCGGCUUCGCGCCGCUCACGGCCCGCGGCAGCCAGCAGUACCGCGCGCUCACGGUGCCCGAGCUCACGCAGCAGAUGUUCGACGCCAAGAACAUGAUGGCGGCGUGCGACCCGCGCCACGGCCGCUACCUGACGGUGGCCACCGUGUUCCGCGGCCGCAUGUCCAUGAAGGAGGUGGACGAGCAGAUGCUGGCCAUCCAGAGCAAGAACAGCAGCUACUUCGUCGAGUGGAUCCCCAACAACGUCAAGGUGGCCGUGUGCGACAUCCCGCCGCGCGGCCUCAAGAUGUCCUCCACCUUCAUCGGCAACAGCACGGCCAUCCAGGAGCUGUUCAAGCGCAUCUCCGAGCAGUUCACGGCCAUGUUCCGGCGCAAGGCCUUCCUGCACUGGUACACGGGCGAGGGCAUGGACGAGAUGGAGUUCACCGAGGCCGAGAGCAACAUGAACGACCUGGUGUCCGAGUACCAGCAGUACCAGGACGCCACGGCCGAGGAGGAGGGCGAGAUGUACGAAGACGAUGAGGAGGAGUCCGAGGCUCAGGGCCCCAAGUGAAGCGGCUGGAGGGGCGAGCCGGGCUGCGGCCAGGGCCACGAGGCCUGGCCCCGGGCGCCACGUCGCUCCUGACACCGUCCCCAGGCUUGCCCCCAGCAGCUCCGCUCACAGCACCCUAGGGCUCCCGAGAGCUUGUCCUCCAGUAUUUGCGGCAUCCCCACCCCACGUGAGUCCUGUCUUCCCGCCAUAGGUCACCUCCAUUUUUGUGUCUGCUUUAUUGUCAGCUGCAGGCCUGAUGUUUUAUGGCUUAUUUUGUUUCUUUUGUUUUUGUUUUUUUGGUUUUUUACUGGUUUGUGUUUAUAUUUUUGGGGGAGGGGAUACUUAAUAAAUUUAUUGCUGUCAGAUA